AUGUUCUGCGUGCGAAGGCAGUUUUCCUCUUCCAUUCACGAGUCCACUCUCCAUCUCAAGGCGCAUUUCCGUUCACUCCUCCGAGAAUCUGCGCAAACAGUCGCCGUGGUGACUACAACAACCGCAGCUUCACCUUCAUCUACGUCUCAUGAUCGACACCACGGAGCGACAUUAUCCUCAUUCACCUCGAUAGCAAUGGAUCCAUACCCCCUCAUCUCGUUUUCCUUACGAUUACCGUCCAGGAUGGCAGCCUACCUCGCAGAAGCAUACUCAAAACCGCUGUCACACCCUGAAUCAGCGCAUAUGGUGAUAAACCUACUAUCAGCUACACAAGAGGAUCUAGCGGUGGUCUUUUCACGGCCUGAUUUGCACCCACAUCCAUUCUCUUCUUCCGAGUUUUACAGCUUCAGCCGUGAAGGAAUACCGGUCCUGAAAAGGUCUUUGGGUGCAAUCUCAUGCCAACUGGUUGCACCUCCGAUACCUUUGCAUGACCUGGAGUUUUUGAAGCAUGGAUUUGGUGGAGGAACGAGCAUGGCAGAAGAAGGAAGAGUGGUUGGGGAGUCAGACGGGGUUACAUCCGAGUUGUUUAUUGCACGGGUAGUAGACGUGGAAAUGGAUGGCAUCACGGAGGGGGUUAACGUGUCUGGGCUCGAGAAGAAACCACUGCUUUACCACCGACGGGGAUAUACGACUUGCUAUGCCAGCCAUACGACGCACUGA